CGCCUCGCGUUCACAUACCCGGGGAGGGCAGUAGAAAGGUGAUCAAUCUUCAUCAGGCUACAUUUCCAAUCACCUAAACUACCGAGCAAGACAAGCCACUCCGACAAGGUUGGCUGCCUGGCUGGUCUCUGUGAGAGCGCGAGGUAGAUGGUGAACGGCCCCGACAGCUGAGGGCAGGUAAGGAGAAAGCCGUGGGGCCUCCCGCGACUCCGGAGCGUGUUGGUUACUCUUGCCUCCUACUCAAACCGAUCCCGGCUUCGACGGACCCGGGCAGGUGGGCGGGGCUGGGGGGGGGGAAGCUUGGCUCCCCUCUGGCUAGCGGAGGACACCAGACCGCUGCAGCGGCCCGGCGCCCCCUCCCCCGCCUCCUCCGAAGUAACCGAGCUGAAGUACUAAGUUUGGAGAAAGUCUUUGGAAACUCGCCCGGCAACCUUGCAGAACCGCCGCGGCUUCAGUCCCAUAUUCCUUCCACCGAAGUGCGAGCCCCAGUUGUUCACCUUUCCCUCCCUUUCCUUGGAAGCUGGGGAUCCCUUGUCCUGGCCGUGGGCGCUAGAGGACGAGAGUGGGGUGGGGGUUGGGAGAGAGAGCUGCUUUAGCUCCGACUCACUUCCCCGAGUUUCCUAAUCCUGGUUCCUGGCCUGCUUUACAGAAUUCUCGGAAAGCGAAGUAUAUGGAUUAGGUCCAUAGGGUCUCCUGUAUCACUGCCCAACUUCCUUUCUUGACCCGAUAGUAGUGCCCCUGGUUCUGAGCAGCGGUGGAAACGGUGUUUCGACCUUCCAUCUCGGGUCUGCGUGGGCUUUGCCGUUGAGGCCUAGUUCGAUAUUCUCGACUGGGUCCUGGGGCCGCGGGUUCAGCUAAUGGGAUAGUACAAAGCACACACAACCGACUGUACUAAGGCUUCCCAAAUCCCCGAGACCCUUUAAGGUGCUGGGCUGGUCACUCUUUUCCUGAUGAAGCCGGUUUGCACAAACCGAUUGGAUAGAGAAAAGGCCUGCCUUGUGUGGGCAGAGAAAGGCAGGUGGCCGAGACUCAGGCACUUCAGACCUCGGGUGGUGUCAUGGAACUACCACUUCUACUACUUCUCUUUGGUUUUCGUUGGCCACCUUUGAGGUCUGGGCCUUGACUUCGGUGAGGUGCGGUGGGAUCCUGGAUAAGCGAUGUCUCCGAUGUCUCCGUGGCUGGGCACUGAAAGGUCAUCCGGGAUAGUGAUAUGGACUCUAGGGCAGGGCAGCGGCCAUGGAGAUCUUUGAAGGAACCACCCCUGCCAAGCGGACAAUGCUUCCCCAGAGGCCAAGGCCAGGCCCCCAGAAGCAACAGCUUGAAGGACUCCGCGGUGGGAGCCCUGUACUGUUCCUGGCCCCAGGCCCCCUGGAUCCAUUGGGGUGCCUCCACCCGGCUGUUAGCAUGAUGUCUUACCUCAAACAACCCCCAUAUGGCAUGAAUGGUCUGGGCCUGGCUGGGCCUGCCAUGGACCUCCUGCACCCCUCUGUGGGCUAUCCCGCCACUCCGCGGAAACAGAGGAGGGAGCGCACCACCUUCACUCGCUCACAGUUGGAUGUGCUCGAGGCGCUUUUCGCCAAGACUCGCUACCCUGAUAUCUUCAUGCGCGAGGAGGUGGCGCUGAAAAUCAACCUGCCUGAGUCCAGAGUCCAGGUCUGGUUCAAGAACCGCCGCGCCAAGUGCCGGCAGCAGCAGCAGAGCGGGAGCGGAACUAAAAGCCGUCCGGUCAAAAAGAAGUCAUCUCCAGUGCGGGAGAGCUCCAGCUCCGAGAGCAGCGGCCAAUUCACACCGCCCGCUGUAUCCAGCUCUGCCUCGUCUUCUAGCUCAGCGUCCAGCGCUUCUGCCAUCCCGGCGGCCGCUGCGAGCCUAGGCGGGAACCCGGCGGUGGCUGCCGCGCCAUCGCUGAGUACGCCCGCAGCCUCGUCCAUCUGGAGCCCGGCCUCUAUCUCACCCGGCUCGGCGCCUGCGUCUGUGUCCCUGCCUGAGCCACUGGCUGCACCGAGCAACGCCUCGUGUAUGCAGCGCUCGGUAGCCGCAGGGGCCGCCACAGCAGCAGCCUCCUAUCCCAUGUCCUACGGCCAGGGUGGCAGCUAUGGGCAGGGUUAUGCGCCCUCCUCUUCCUACUUUGGUGGUGUGGACUGCAGCUCAUACCUAGCGCCCAUGCACUCGCAUCAUCACCCACACCAGCUCAGCCCCAUGGCACCCUCCUCCAUGGCAGGCCACCAUCAUCACCACCCGCAUGCACAUCAUCCCUUGAGCCAAUCCUCAGGCCACCACCACCACCAUCACCACCACCAUCAUCACCAAGGCUACGGGGGCUCAGGGCUUGCCUUCAACUCUGCCGACUGCUUGGAUUACAAGGAGCCUGGCGCUGCUGCUGCUUCUUCGGCCUGGAAACUCAACUUCAAUUCGCCCGACUGUCUGGACUACAAGGACCAAGCCUCUUGGCGGUUCCAGGUCUUGUGAACCUAGAAGAGAGGGAAAGAAGAAAAAUAAAACACAACUACCUGCGUCCUCGGUGGUCCCCAUCCUGUUGUUGCUGCUGCACCGCCCGCCUUUGCCUCCGCUUCUCCAAAACUGAAUUUUCACGCCCCCAAAAUAUGCCCAUUGCCUGCACUGCCACCCCUCCCCACUUUGUGCCACUUGUAUGGGGGACAAGUAAUCCCACCUACCUGGUGAACAGAGAACCGGUGCUUCAGCUUCACCCACAGGUUCUCUUUGGGAUAGCCCUGUGCUCUCCCUCUCAACCCCCACUGAACUAAGUUACUCCCUCAUCUUUCUGGACAGCUAUUAUGCACUUGCAGCCUUUGGAGGCUUUUCGCUCUGAUCCACUGUUUGAGCCCAACACUAUUAUUUAUUCUUUCUGGACACUGGAGUCACUAACUGGCGUGUAUCUGCCCAUUGGAGUGCGCCGGCACACUACUUCAAAUCACAACAACCACUUAAGUGUUUCUCAGGCGGCACAGACUGUCGCCCCUCCGGCUGCCCUCUAUUUGGCUGGCCCUCGCCUGCAAGCCAGAGCUUUCCCGGUUUUUCCUCCUUCCCAGUGGGGUGCGUGGGGCCAGGCCCUCAAGAAGAGCGCUCUCCUGCAGCCUCGAUCACAGAGCCAUGUCCCCGCCUUGCGCUGGACUAGUUCAAGCUUCCGCCUCGGUGGGAAUGCUGUACAUAGUCGGGUCCGUUCCAGGGACCCCUUAAACUUUUUAGUUGCUGUUGACUGAACUGAGCAAAUCUCGUUUAGGCGCCCAGGAAACGGAACUUUAAGAUAUAUACAGCAUAUAUAUACACAUAUAUAUAAAAACAAAAGCAAAACAUAUUUUCCCUCUAUCCCCCUUCCUGUCUUCCUCAAACGAUGGCGCUUUUGUUUUCCAGUUGUUACAAAGCAGUCCUGCUCUCUUCUCAUCUCCCUCUGUGUAUUUAUUAGAGAACGGCUUGGUUACAGGAAGCUGAGCACGAAGGACCACGAAUGUGGAGGAAACAGCCAGGUCAGGGUACAGGGUUGGGGGGGGGUCAGACUGGGGUGGGGCACAAGACUGAGCCCUUUGCCUGGUCUAUGCACAGGGUCGCAGUUCUAAUUUAGAGAACAAAGAACAAAAAACAAAACAAAGACAGCAAAAACAAAAACAAACAAAAAAACCCAACCCACCUUCCCCAAAAAACCUCACAAAAGAAAACAAAAAAGUUUUUAAAAUAUGGCAUUAUGGAAAAACAAACUCAGAUCCCAAAUCCCAGUUCCAAUUGCUCUGUUUUACACAUUUCUGUUUUGUCUAGUGAGCUUUUAGUGCACCUUCAUUCUCCAAAAUCUGGAAAGCCUGAGAGCCUAUGUAUCAAUUUCGGUUUUGGCCGCUUUGUCCAGUAGGUGGGAAAGUAAUUUGUAAGUAUGAUUUGUCCGAUGUGAAGAUCACAAAUUACUUGUUGAAAUGUAAGGCCGUCUCCCCUCCUCCUCUUUAUCUACGUUAUUUCCCAAAAUAAAUGCAAAUUAAUGAAAGGUU